ACAUUGUAGUCUGUAGUAGUGUAGAUCUACCCCUUCCUACGCCAGGCUAGCUACGGCACUGGUGACCCCCAAUCAGGAUGGCAUCCAGAGAAACUGUCCUGGCUGCAGCCAAGAGAUUGGUCACAUUUAUCAACGCAUCUCCAUCUCCCUACCAUGUUGUCAAUCAGUGCAAGCAGUCGUUGAAGACAGCAGGCUUUGUUGAGAUCAGCGAAAAAGAAAGCUGGUCUAUCAAGCCCAAUGGGAAAUACUUCGUGACGCGUAAUCAGUCCACUCUGGUGGCAUUCUCUGUCGGUGGACAGUUCAAGCCUGGAAAUGGAUUCUCAAUCGUGGGAUCACACACUGACAGUCCAUGUCCCAGAUUGAAGCCUAUUACUCGCAAGACCAAGGAGGGAUACUUGUGCGUUGGAGUCGAAUACUAUGGUGGUGGUAUCUGGUCAACAUGGUUUGACCGUGAUCUGACAGUUGCUGGCCGAGUUGUGGUCCGUGAAGCCAGUGGCGAUUCCAUGAAGCUUCACAGCAAGUUGAUUCACAUUGAGAAGCCCAUCAUGCGUAUUCCACACAUGGCCAUUCACCUGCAGAGAGAGAUGAAUGAGAAGUUCAACCCGAACCGUGAAACAGAAAUGGUGCCAGUCCUUGCGAUGAGCAUCACAGAAAAGCUUAACUCGCAAGCAACAGCCAACUGCGCAGCGAAGCCAAAGGAUGCCCAGUACGAGAACCAAGCGCAGAAGCAUCACCCACUGCUUAUCAAGCUUCUGAGUGACAAGCUUGGGUGUCAAGCUGAGGACAUUCUGGACUUUGAGCUGUACGUGUGCGAUACACAGCCCGGUGUGAUUGGUGGUGCAUUGGAUGAAUUCAUCUUCUGUCCUCGCCUGGACAAUCAGGUGAAUUGUUUCACAAGUCUGGAGGCACUGGUCAAUGCUAAUGGUCUGGAGAAGGAUCCCAAUGUCCGUGUCAUUACCCUCUACGACAAUGAAGAGGUAGGCUCGCAGAGUGCCCAGGGCGCUGGCUCCAGUCUCACCGAGCAGAUUCUCAGGCGCCUCUCCGCCUCGACGGAGAACCCAGUUGCGUUUGAGGAGUCGAUCUCGCGCUCGCUGCUCGUCAGUGCAGAUCAAGUGCAUGCAUGCCAUCCCAACUAUGCCCACAAGCACGAGGAGGACCUGCGUCCGUCGCUGCAUGAUGGUCCCAUCAUCAAGUUCAACGGCAAUCAGCGCUACGCCACAACAGCGAUCAGCGCGGCAGUGCUGCGCGAGGCAGGGAGACGGUGCGGCGUACGGGUCGGUGAUGUUGCCGUCAGGAACGACUCGUCUUGCGGCAGCACCAUCGGUCCUAUCCUAGCUGCAAAGCUUGGCAUGCGCACCGUUGACACCGGUACUCCACAGUUGAGCAUGCACAGCGUCCGGGAGAUGGCAGGUGUUGAGGCCAUCCACCAAGUUACAUGCCUCUACCAGAGCUUCUUCGAGAACUUUGCUGACAUUGAUUCAGCCAUUAUUGAGGACUAGGCGACCAUGAUGGCAAGUAAGCAGCUUGUUGUUUGCGCUGGUCUGAAACGAGGAUGUACUAACUGCUAUUCCUGCUAUGGAGCCGCACUGCCUUUCCGCAUUUACAACUGCUCCUCGACCCCCUGGACAUUCUUAUGAAUUCUUCUUUUACCUUUGUUUAGGUAUGUUGUGUGAAGCAUGUCACUUGUCUUGCUUUCAUUUUUAGAUGUUCUCUCAUAUUGCCUUCGUCCUACUUGGAAGUAGUUUUUUGGUAUUUUAGCAGUGGAACUUAACUCUUUUUAGCAGUGGAUCUUGUGUCACCAGAUAAUGCACUGGCUGGCCUUGUAUCUGUUCUAAUUCUGUGACAUGUCCAUAGCAUGUAAACAAGCUGAACUUUCAGCACUCCAUAGUGACGACCGAAUGCUCAUUCUGGUCCCGAGUACAGUCAGACCUCGCACACAUCCGUUUUCGUAUGAACUCAAUAAUUAAUGAUCGAUAUGAACAGUUUCUUCAGAAUUCCCAAACUCCAUUGCAGCGUAUUUCUUGCACUACA